GUAGUGAAUACAGAGACAUUGAAUCAACUUCACCAGAGCAGAAGAGAGCUCACCUGAACUAAACAGAGCAGUAUGGGAACAUCAUCCAGUUUACUGGAUGAAAAUAAAUCCAACUACAUAAAAGGGCAAGUGGAUGAGAAAUUUAAGAAGUUCGCACCGAUUUAUAGGAAACAAUAUUCUCUGGCUUACCUGUCCCAGAUCCAAGAUGAACUUGAACAACGCAAAGAGGAACGCACACAGUUCCUCAAACAACGGGCCCUUCCAGAGUCUGGAAAGGUGCUGUAUGAGGAAAUUGUCCGGUACUUUGAUGACGGCAGGAAGUGGAAGGAUAGAUAUAUUGUGAUGCGUGCCAGUCACGUCCUGGAGUGCCACGAAAGCUACAAGGCGUUUGUGAAAGGUGCCCCUCCAACACUCAGACUGAUACCUACAGGGGGCACCAUUCUGACUACAGAAAAAAAAUAUAUGGAAAUGAUUGACCAGGCCUGCCCUUGCACCAACAAUGUCCAGGAGGAUUUCGCGCCCCCUGUGGCGGACAUGCCGGGGGAGUACCCAGUUUAUCUUAGACUUCCGUACCGCCGAGAUUCCUAUUUCUGUUUCCGAGAUGAAAACUCUCAAGCUGAAUUCAUCUCGGUCUUAUCUGACUGCAUUCGCCACCAGAACAAAGAUUUUCUCAAGAAGAAGACGUGUGAGGUUAAAGCUUUCCUCAAAGCCUUUCAGCUCUAUAGGGAGGAGAAUGACCAGUAUGAAUCAUGGGAUAUGCUCAUAGGCAGUGAUAUGCGGGGUCUUGCUAAUCUGUUCAUGGAGGACUUAAUGCCCUAUCUGGAGAAAGAACUGCAGCCAUGUAUGAAGAGCAAGAGGGCAGACAAGAGAAGAGUGUGGUUUGCAACAGUUGAAGCUGCUUAUUUUCUGCUGCAAGAGCAUCUAAGGCAAAGGCUGACCACACUGAAGGAGGAGUGCAAAGACAUGGUGAAAGAGCAGGAGGCACGCAUGCGCUCUGACAUGGACCAGAUCACCAGCUCAAGAACUUUCCUGGAGAGCAAACUAAGAGCUAUGGUAGCUGAGCCAGCAACAAAAUACUGCACUGAGCAGGUGCAGCCUUACCUGCCGGCCGUCUUGGAGGAAGUCAUGGGGCCCAUCAGCCUGGGCUUCACAGAGGCCCGGGACUUGAGCGAGGCCAUGAUGGAACAGCUUUGUCAGGACUUCGAGGAUGCUGACCAGAGUGAGGAACUCCGACAGGCUAUGUUUAAGAUGAGUAAGGCUAAUUUACAGAGCUGUUAUGACAAAGUGAGUGGACUGGCAGAUCACAUCCAAGAGCUACAGCAAACCUUCAACUAUUGCAUCAAAGGUUUGGCGAACAGCACAGAGAUCGACUUAAAACAGCUGAUGGAGAAUCUAGAGUACACCUUUGAGCUGCUCGUGCGAAAGGCUCUGGAGGACCCAUCUACCAACCUCACGAUGGCUAUGCAAAAGGCUUCGAACAGGGUUCUGAAACAAUUUGACUACGACAGCAGCACAGUGAGAAAGAGGAUCCUCCAGGAAGCUUUGAUCAACAUCACUCUACCCAGCAUCAAGAAGCAUCUGGCCCCAUCCUUCAAAGAGGAACUACCUAAAUUUGAGCAAUACAUAUUCGCCGAUUAUUCAAACUUCAUCAGUGUGGAAAACUUGUAUGACGACAUUAUCCACCAGAUACUGGAAAAGGACAUCAGCAUGGUGGUCAAGGAGGCAGCCAACUUGAAGAAAUUCAACCUGUUGACAGAGAGCAGAUACAACUUCAGUGUGUCCAGCCUGUCCUCCACUCCCCCGGGAUCUGCACCCAGCAGCCCAGAACACUUAAAUACCUCCCCGAGCCUGCGUACGCCCCUGCCGCCCUCCCCACUGCUGGGCAACGGCAUAACAGCAAACAAAUCAGCGACUGUUCACUCGCUAAAUUCAAAAAGUAGCACACUGAGCCAAGCUCUGCCUGUCAUGGGAAAAAUCAGUGAUGAACAGAACAAGACACUCUUAGAGGAGAGCAGUGAUGAUGUAUUUGCCACUGCUGAAACAUCAACCUCGAUUACGUCAGCCGAGCCUAAACCAGAACUCAUAACAACCACAAUCGCCACGGAUGUCAUUCCCACCCCUGUUAUUAUGGUAACAGAAGCCACAGAAAGUGCUGGUACUUCUAGUUCACCAAAAGGAGAUGAUGCAACUUUUUCAGACUUUGCUAAUAAGUCCACAAUAGCAAUCAGUCCGAUCUGUAUGAAAACCUCUGGGUCUAGUGGUGACCCUGCUGAAACGGAGGACAACAGCAAGCCAGCGGUUUCGUCAGAUGAUCCAGCCCAGAUUAAAGCACAGAUACGCGAUGAAAGCACAUAUCCAAUAGCCGUUUGCUUAUCUAUUGAAGAUGCAGAAGCUGGAGAUAUCUAUAAAGAGUUCACAGACAAACAAAUCAUGGAUCUUCCAGAAAAGGCCUCAGAAACCCAGUCUUCACCACACCUUGAGGAGGAAACCAGCCCCCUGGGCUGUGUGAAGGAGAUCCGUGACCUGGUAAUGGAGGUUAUUGAAGUCGAGGAGGUGCUUCAGACUUGCAAAGACAAUGGAGAAAAAGUUCAAAUGUUCGAGGAACCAGAAGCUAUAGUUUAAGAUUUAAUGACUGUGUCAGUACUUUACUCAACUUGUUCACACCUCCAUUUUACUGUGUGAAGAGACAAAUUGUACAUUUUGAACUUGGUUUGUUCAUUGUGCAGGAGGUAAUUAUAAUUUACUUGAUGUAUGUAUAUAUAUAUAUAUAUAUAUAUAC